UAGAGAAGUGACUGACCCAAGGUCACAGAAAGCACUGAAAUUUGAAGCAAGGUUUCUGAACUACUUGUCCAGUCCCACCCCACCUCCAUCCCUUCACCCCAACCUCGGUUCCCUAUCGCCAUCUCUGUCCCCUUCUCUUAAUCCCAUUUUUCCCUUCUCCACAUCUUUCUCUUUACCCCUCCCUUCAGUUGUGUCCCCCGCCUCCUGCCUCGUGCCUUCGUGACGUCGAACACGGGGGGGGCGGAGCUGUCCGGACCCAUAUAGCUGGCGCCGGAGGUCCCACGCACUCCCCACCCGCUGCAGCAGCGGCUGAGGCGGGCGGGCCGGGCCGGGCACCACGCACGUCGGGCCCGGGCUUGCGGGGGCAACCGCCUGCCGUGAGACUUAGGGACAGUGAGGAAAGCCGGGGGCGGGGGGUGGGGGGGUGGCGGGACCUGGCCCGGGAUCAUGCGGGGCCGCGACUGGGGCUGCCCGGGAGGGCUUGCAGAUCGGUCGGAGGGCUGAGCCCAGGAAGCGGAGGCCCCUCGCCCCCGGCCCGGCUUCCGCGGCGCCCCAGGCUGGGGGGAUGCCGCGCCCUCCCCACUGUCCCCGGCCUCGAAUAUGGGAGCAGCUGCCUCCAAAAGGAAGGCGCUGAGGAGCGAGGCCAUGUCCUCGGUGGCGGCCAAAGUGCGAGCAGCUCGAGCGUUUGGGGAGUAUCUGUCGCAAAGUCACCCCGAGAAUCGGAACGGCUCAGAUCACUUGCUGGCUGAUGCCUUUGCUGGCCAAGACGAAUCUCCCGAGAUGCAGCCAGCCUCCCAGAACAAACGCCGCCUUUCCCUCAUCUCUGAUGGCCGCUAUGAGGGCGGUUUCUUGGAGGAGGCGGCAGGUGAGAAGGCAGCGAGUGAGGGUCCUAAGCCAAGGGUAUAUACUAUCUCUGGGGAACCUCCCCUCUUGUCUGACCCCGAGGCAGAGGGCAUCGAGCUGUCAGUCAUGAAGGGCCGGCAUCGGGGGGAGCAUCACCAGAGCCAACCCCUGCAGGGCUCGAGCAGCAGCGAGAGUGUCAGCCGGCCCUGCAAGAGCUGGGCUGGCAGCCGCCAGGGUUCUAAGGAAUGUCCCGGCUGCUCCCAGCUGGCCCCGGCGCCCUCCCAGCAGUCUUUUGAGCUGGACCACCACCAGGCCCCUGAGCCAUCGGGCCGCCGCAAGAAGCUGGAGCGGAUGCACAGCAUCGACCGUGUGUCUGAUGAGGUCCCUGUUCGCACCUGGUUCCCCAAGGAGAAUCUCUUCAGCUUCCAGACGGCAACAACCACUAUGCAAGCCAUCUCGGUGUUCAGGGGCUACGCUGAGAGGAAGCGCCGGAAACGAGAGAAUGAUUCCGCAGCCGUAAUCCAGAGGAACUUCCGGAAGCAUCUUCGAAUGGUGGGCAGCCGGCGUGUGAAAGCCCAAACCUUUGCUGAGCGUCGAGAGCGGAGCUUCAGCCGGUCCUGGAGCGACCCCACCCCCAUCAAAACCGACUCCUUCCACGACUCCCGAGACAGCCAUGACCUCCAGAAUUCCUGCUGCACCCUUGAUGAGGACCUGGAAGAUUUAGAUUGGGAGACUGAGAAAGAUCAGGAAGCUGCGGCAUGUGACUUCGAGGACUUUGCCCCCCCCAAGGUCAUGCUCAUAUCGUCCAAGGUUCCCAAAGCCGAGUAUAUCCCAACCAUUAUCCGCAGGGAUGACCCAUCCAUCAUCCCCAUCCUCUAUGACCAUGAGCAUGCGACCUUUGAAGACAUCCUGGAGGAGAUUGAGAAGAAGCUGAAUAUUUACCACAAAGGAUCUAAGAUCUGGAAAAUGCUCAUCUUCUGUCAGGGCGGCCCAGGUCACCUCUACCUACUCAAGAACAAAGUAGCCACAUUUGCCAAAGUGGAAAAGGAAGAGGAUAUGAUUCACUUCUGGAAGCGCCUGAGUCGUCUGAUGAGCAAAGUGAACCCUGAGCCAAAUGUUAUCCACAUCAUGGGCUGUUACAUCCUAGGGAACCCCAAUGGGGAAAAGCUGUUUCAGAAUCUCAAGACACUCAUGAUGCCCAACAGGGUGACCUUUGAGUCUCCUCUGGAGUUAUCAGCACAAGGCAAGCAGAUGAUUGAAACUUAUUUUGAUUUCCGGCUGUACCGUCUCUGGAAGACGCGCCAGCAUUCCAAGCUUCUUGACUAUGAUGACAUCUUGUGAGGCUGACAAGGAGACCCUAGACUGCCUGCUGCCCAGCUGCCCACCAUCCCCCUCGACAGCCACUGAUCGAGACACUUUGUUUUCUGGAUGGCCUGGUCUGGGCCAGGAAGGUGCCCUCCCAGCCACAUGGAGCCCAGAGGAGAUUAUGGAGAGGCCCUAAUGCAGAGCUGUUCCCAAGGGGCCACAGCUAAGGAUCUGCCCUGUGCCCAUUUGGGGCUAGGUUGUUUUUGGUGUCUCCUGCUCAGAAUUCGCCUCAGGUCCUCCCCAGACGUUCCAGAGCUCAGGUUUUCUUAUAGAACCAACCCAACGUCUGCACUAACUAACGGUGGGCUUUUAGGUCCACCAGGUAGAGCAUGGGGGAUUCUCUUCCUUGCAGGAAGUUAAACUUGACCCCCAAGGAAAUUCGGAGGCCAGACUAGGUCUCAGCUGGAGACCCACAAGGGUCCGAAGCACUUGGAAACAGAAGCUUUGACUCCUAUAGGUUUUGUAGAAAAUAAGUGCACUUUUUUAAUCACUAAAGGGAUUUAAAAGCGCAAAUGCUAUUUAAUUAGUUAAGGUAAUUCACCAGUAGAUGAAGUGUUCCAGUCUGCUAGACAGCAUAUUCAGGAUAGUGAUAUAUCUUCUAUAGACAUAUUUAAUCACCAGCAACGUGGUUUCCCUGUCGCUGGCGGCUCUGUUCUCUGUGCCUAGUCCCAAGAGCAGCUGGAGCCUGGUUUUUAUGUGCCUGGCCCUGAGGGCAGCCAGAGUCUGAUUUCUUGUAUAUGUGGCCCUAAGAGUGACUGGAAAAUCAUUUUCUUUUUUUCCUGUGCUUAGCCCUGAGGGCCACAGGAAUCUGAUUUCUUGCAUAUAUGGCCCCAAAGGUGCCCGGCACUAAUCGUAUGUGCUUUCACUCCUCCCCUUAGAAUUGACCUCUACUUCACUAUUUGUAGAAGGCCAUAUGCUGGAGUUUUGCUCAACUAAUAUAGCCUAGAAGCCUUCCCCUGGGCUGUGGCUGGGGCAGGAAGCCCUAGCCCCUCAUUAGAAGUUUCUUGAGGCUGUUUGUCCCAGGAGGAUGUGGUCCCUUGCACAGCAGAAGGCUAAACCUCCUGGCUGCAGGAGAGACCUAUUUACUUAAAUAUUUUGGUAACUUCAAAGGAGGAGCUGCCAACCUAACUAUCUUUAUUAUUUGACAAGGUUGGCCAAGAGAUCUUUGUUGCUGUCGAGUUCUGCAUUUCCUGCAUUUCUCUGGCUAUCUCUGGCUCCUUUGCUGAGAAAGAAUUGGUUUCCAAGAAGAUGGGGUCCUCAGUUAGGCACUGCCUCAGAAGGGAUGUUUCAGGAUUGCAGGCAGCCCCAUCUAAGCCUCAGAAUUUCCAUGGAAGAUGCCUGGGACCAUGAGUUCAGGGGGAGAGAGGUGUUUGGCCUAUGUGUUUCUCUCUUCAGAGAUGGGGAGAGGCCAGAGAAAACAGACUUUGUUUGAUAGAGGAAUACAGAAGGGUCUGUUUCUCACCAUCUUGUGGGGUUCUGACUCUUUGGGACCAUUCCUUAGAGUGGGAUGCUGCUGCUGUGUGUGGGGUUUGGUGCCCUGGGGCUGGGACAGUGUAUGAUAUUAUUGAGAGAGAUGCCACAUUAAACCCUGACACAUGAUCUCCUCUAUGCUGGAGCUGCAUCCCUCUCUAUUUCCUCAGGAAAUCUGUCCCUACCUUCUGUCUUCUACCCUCACAUGAGUCUCUUGGCAAUUUUCCUGGAGGAAGUAGCUCUUAUAAGUCACCAUGGGUCCCGGAGAGUCCCGUAUGCCCUCUGUCUACCCUCUGUAUCCUAUUUCUCCUCUACCAGAGAACUUCCCCCUCCACUCCAAGCACUCCACUUCUGGUCAACUUCCUCCAAGUCCAGGCCUUCAUCUGGCUUCAGCCUCCUAGCCUCAGCCCCUAACCUGUGACCUCUUCCAUCUCCUAAUUUCACACCCAACCUGCAUGCAGAGUGGACACACGAUGUGGUUUGUGUUUCUCACCACAAGUGGGUUCCUCAGAGCCCCCAGUGCAAGAAGCCAUAUGGUGGGGGAAGCUAAGUUGGCUCAAUGAGUUGAGAGCCAGGCUUAGAGACAGGGGGUCCCGGGUUCAAAUCUGGACUCAGGCAUUUCCUAGCUGUGUGAUGAUGGGCAAGUCACUUAAACCCCAUUGCCUAUUCCUUACUGCUUUUCUGCCUUGGAACCAAUACACAGUAUUGGUUCUAAGAUGGAAGGUAAGGGUUUAAAAACAAAACAAAAUAAGCUCUGUGAUGAGUAGGUAUAGCACAGCCAUUCCUCCAUCCCCAACUCUGUCUGUUUCCUGGUAUAAGGGAAUGAAUGUGUAUGACUACUUACAAUACAACAAGCAUUCAUUAAGCCCUACUAGUACUGAGUACUGAGCUCCAGGGGAGAUAUACAUCCACAUUCGAUGAGUGGGAUAAGCCAGGAAUUAAUUAAAAUAGCUAGUGUGUAUUCCAGAAGUGCAAUAUAAUGAUGACACUGAGCACUAUGUGAACUCCAAGGGGAAAGGCCAUCACGGGAGGGACAAGGGAAGAUAACUGGGAGGAGGUGAUGUUCGAAUGAGUAGAAUUUCAACAGGCAAAGAUAGGAAAGGCAAGUGUUCCAGGCCUGGAGAGCAAAUGGCCUGAGCUAAGGCAUGGGGGUAUGAGUAGACUGAGGGUAGAAAGCCUAGAAGAGGGCAGUAAUCAGAGAUAUGGCCAGAAAGGUAGAGAGUAGCACCAGAUUGUGGAUGGCUAUAAAGGCUGAGCAAAGGAAUUGGAGUUUGACAGGUUGAUCAUAGGGAGUCAGGGGAAAAUGUUGAAAGGAGGAGCAGCAUUAGCAGAUCAAUGCAUGAGGGAGAUUGGUAUGGUGGCAGUGCUGGGAAGAAGUGGAUAAGCAAGGAAGACUUGGCCCUAGCCAUUGCAAUAGUUAAGUGAAUGAUCUUGAGAGCCAUUCCUGGGGUGGCAGCAGUGGGAGUGAAGUGAAGAUGGAAGAGAUGCAAGAGAUGCUGUGUUGGGAGGUGCAUGUCUAGAAUUCAAAAGAGAGAGGUUGGAGUAGAAAUUUAGAUUUUGGAGUUACCUGCAUAGGAAUAGUGGAAGUCAUAGAAGUGAGUGAGAUUCCCAAGGAAGAUGGCAUAGGAGAGACAGCCAUGUGCAUCUCUGUGUCUGUGUGCAGUAAUCUGCCUUCCAGGUCUAAACUCAGGUUUAAGAAUUCUGGGAGGGGCAGAUGGGUGGCUCAGUGGAUUGAGAGCCAGACCUAGAGGUCCUGGGUUCAGAUCUGGCCUCAGAACUUCCCAGCUGUGCGAUCCUGAGCAAACCAUUUAACCCUCAUUGCCUAGCCUUUGCCACUCUUCUGCCCUGGAACUGAUAUUUAGUAUCAAUUCUAAGACAGAAGGUAAGAGUUUUUAAAAAAAAUUUUGGGAAUUAUGUUUGUUGAUGCUCCCGGAGCAUCUGUCUCCAACCAUGAAGUUGUUUCAUCUUCUUUCCUUCCUGCCCCAUAUGAGUAGUGAGUCCAGGAACCUUCUCCAGACCAUUUUAGCUAGGUCUGAGGCCACUUGAAGGAAUGCCUUCUCUAGGAGGCCCAAAAGUCCCACAGACUUCUCUUUGUAAUGACCAGCAGAUCUGAAAAGGGGAUAGAAUCCUUUUAUCCAUGCCUCUGGAGAAGAUGAAUCCAUUCCAGGAUUCAUCUUGCUGGGAUCUUUGAUCCUGUUCAACCCUGGGGAAUAAGAUGGGACAAGGCCAUGGGACAUUGCCAUGCUGGCACUCAACAAAGGAAGCAAAAUUAGAGUCCAACCAAAGGGUUCGUGUGUAUGUGAGAGCAUGAGUAAACCCAGCUUCUUACUCUGGCUACAAAGGAUCUAGGAUCCAUAUCAUGGGCCAAGUCUGCCAUCAACUAGGAUAAGCCAGAUACACAUUUUUAAGCUGCUAUAACCAUAUCUCUUUAAGGAUUAUACAGUGCUUUUUUUUUACACCAAUCCUGUGAGAUAGGACUAGUAUUAUCCCAAUUUAACAAAUAGGGAAACUGAGUCCCAGAGAGAGGAUAUGACUAAUAGCUUGUACUUGAACCCAUGUCUCCUGACUCUCUAUUUAGUGCUCUUGUACUCUUAAGAAGAAUUGCUCCAACAAGUUGGGGGCCAGUAUUGAUACUUGUGUCCCAAAUGUCUGGGGUUAGAGAAAAGGAAUGUAAUAACUAAAAAGCUCCCUAGAGGAACUUGGAUCUGCUUUUUGAGGAAGAGAAGGACCUAGGCCAGCAAGCAGUCAGAGGUGCCUGUGUGCUGUGAGAGGCUGUGCUCCCUGCCUCCUGGCAGGGCCAGUUAGAUCUUAAAUGCCACUCUCAAGAGUAAAGUUCCUGUGGGAUAUGAAGAGCUACAAAAUCAGGAGAGAUGAGGUCUAGAGCAGGCCCCAGAAGUCAUCCACUGCUGAUAAGCUGUGUUCCUUUGUGUUCCUCCAAUGUGUCACUCAAACACAAGCUUUUCAGGCAGUAUUCUGGGAUUAGCCCCCCAAGUGGAGCUCCCUCCUUCCUGUCACUAUAAAGUAGCAUAGAAUCAUAAGAUUCCAAUCUAGCAGGUCCGAACAGAUCAUCUAAGGUGAAGAAGCAAAGGCCUAGAGUAGUUGUGGCUUGUCCAAGAUCACCUAGGAGAGCUGGGAGCGGAAUUCAGGUCCUCUGACUCCUGACCCAGUGCUCUUAGGCAUUACCCAUCUGUUAUGUCUGUUCUGAUUUCCCAAACCACCCUGCAGAUUUCAGUUCCCUCCAAGGCAAGUGCUUUGUCCUCCCAUUUUUCCCCACAGAGGCUAGGAAAGGACACAACCAGGCCAGAAGAGGGGGCUGGAAGUGCAGUGUGGGAGGAAAGGAGAAAAUCUUGUUCUCAUUCUGGGGACCUCCCCCAUCCUGGUCCAAACGAUGGCAGGGCCAUUUGAGUCCACCGAGGGGAAGGAGGUUCAAACUGGAGUCAGUGAGAAUGUUUUGUUUCCCUUGAGAGUGGUGACUGAGAGGGCAAUCAGUGAAGGUUGGUAUAGGGAAGGGCAUGGUGAAGUGGGACUAGCAGGAUAGCUGGCACUUGCCAGGCUGAAAAGGGCAGGUAUGAGCAAAGCAGCACCACUGAGAAUGGCAGGGAAAGCUGCAAAUAUCAGGCUGAGAAAUGAUAAUAGAUGCUGUAGACAGAUUUGAUUGCCCCAGUGCGCAGGUGCUGGGCAUUUUCAAACAGGAGGUGAAAACUACCAUCAAAGAGAUAAAUUCACUCUCACUCCCAAAUGAGGCCUUUAGUGCCCCCCACCUUCACCCCAGCUCAGCAAUCCUGACAGGUCUUAUUUUCCCCAUUCCUGGAACCUGCACUGCACGGCCAAGCAGAUCAUGCAUCCCUCUAGGGAGAAUGGUAUCCUUGGGGAUGUGUCCCCUGGGACAAUGGGGGUAAUCAAAUAAAGCCUGGAAUGACUUAACAGUGUUCUGUAAAAGCAAAGAGCCAACAGCUACCAACUUCUCUAAUUGUGUCUAGCUGUGAAUUGUGCCCCAAUUCCCAUAAAACAGGCACAUAGUACAGCCUCAUUUUCAGUAUACCUUCCCCACACACAAAUAAAGCUCAGCCAGGUCAUAAACCUAGCCUGAAAACUGCUGCUGCUCUAAUAAACCUUAGCUAAACCUUUAAUCAUGUUUUCUGCUUCCUAAGAAGGGAGAAGGCCUUGGGGGAAUGAUGAGCUCUGGCUCUUCAAGCCACCCAGGGUCAAGCUGAAGGUGAUAGCUUCAUUCUUCUGCUCUCUUGGCAGCAGAGGCCUCCCCCAGCAAGGUCCUGCUGAGCCAGGUUCAGAACUGGGAUCCUUUCGGUCAGACAGCGGCCACAGGAUGUUGUCCAGGGAAGGUCUCAGCUUUCCCCCCUUCUUUGCCGCCUUCCCUUCCCUUCCCCCAUCCCAUCCAACUGGAAUCGGGCACACAUGUCUGCUGAUAACGAUGAAGAGAUGCUUUCUAAGGGAGGAAGCUGGUUUUCUAGUGAAAUUAUAGUUGAAUAUGAAAAGCUCACAUUUGCAGACUACUUCAGGGCUUGACUUGGGGGGCAGGUGGGAGUGUAUGUGUGCAUCCAGGCUCAGUCUGAUCCAAAGGCUAAAGGCUGAAGACGAACGAAUGAAGGAUUAUAUACUACUGGGAGACCACACAUAAACAGAGGAAUGACUAUACCAGCAGAAGCAGUAGAGGACAGAAAGACAGUAAUGUACAAGUUUGGAAAGAUCAAUCAGUCAGAUUUGCAAAGUUUUUAGUACCAACAAGUUUGUAGUUUAUAAUAGAGGAAAUUUCAAAGUCCAGGAAACACUGAAAGAGAUGAAGGGAUUUGUUCAAUCAUAUAGUUAAGUGGCAGAGCCAGGACUUCAGUGCAGGGCUCCUGGCCUCAAAACCAGGGUUCUUGGGGGCAGCUGGAUAGCUCAGUGGAUUGAGAGCCAAAAGUAGAGAGAGCAGUCCUGGGUUUAAAUACAUCCUAGCUGUGUGACCCUGGGCAAGUCACUUAAUCCCCAUUGCCUCCCCCUUACGGCUCUUGUCUUGAAACCAAAACACAGACUUGAUUCUAACAUGGAAGGUAGGGGCUUAAAAAAAAAAAAUGGGACUCUUUCCAAGACAUCAAACUGCUUCCAAGGUGGAUCUCACUUUGGGGAUCACAAAGUCAAUCAGCAUUUUAAGCACCUAAUAUGUGCCACACACUUUACUAAGUCCUAAACCCCAGAGGGGCCUCAAAGAAACUGGGUCCCAUGGCUCCCUCCCACACACACACCACAGAAGCUCUAUGAUUCUGACUCAGCCUCUGGGGAGGAAGUGGAGCAGCCUACUGAAGGAGGGAGGGCAGAAGUCCAGCUGGUGUUCUAGAAAAGGAGGGAGGGAAGGAGGCAGCAAGGUCAAUUGGGAAUUUCUUGAGGGCAGACCUCCCAAGCAGCCUUGAACUAAACCUCUUUGGCUUCUGCUAGCAUUGGAGCAAGAGCUCCCCAACCCACCCCCUUCCUCUGUCUCUGACAGUCUUCUUCUUCUCCCCUACUGAAAGAGUAUAGGUAUUAAGUGUGUGCCCCUUGGCAUUUCCUGCCCUUCUAGGGCUCCCUUUUUGAAGCCAGGGCUUUUAAAUAAAGCUGGGUUCUUAGGGUCCAGGAACUUGUUUGUAAAAUAUUUUGUUAACUUCAUUUAGAUAUAAUUGGCUCCUGUAGACGUUAUUUUACACAUUUAAAAAUAUUAUUCGGACAAGGGGUUCAUAGACUUCAUCAGACUGCCAGAAGGAUCCAUACAACUGCUUUAAAGUUGGCCAGAUUCCUUAUUUCAUUCGCUGCUCAGGGCUCCUGUGACGUAUGUACUCCAGGUACCUCUUUUGUUCUUCUGAAGCUCAGAGGUUGGGUGAUUUCUGGUCACAGUUUGAGAGCCAGAGCAGGCCUUGAAGGACCUGAAGAACCACUAGCUUGUUAGAGAUGAGGGACUGAGCCGCAAAGAGAUUAAAGGGCUCACUCAGGGUCACACAGCUAAUGUCUCCCCAUGUCUACCUGGCUAGUAAGUAUCAGAGGCAAAACUGGAACUCUGGUGUUCCUAAUUCCAGGUUCAGUACUCCCACUAUUACUCCAUAUUCCUAGUGAAAAACUUUCCCUUUUUUCUAGGUCCAGUUUAGAUGCCACCUCCUCAGAAGAGCCUUUUAAAAAUUAUGAACUUGAUCAGUAGCGGCAAUAAUUAGCAUUUAUUAAGCAUCUCCUGUAUUCCAGGAACUGGGUUAAGCACCAUGAAUGCAAAGCAAAACUGCAAUCCCUCUGCUCUUAGUGGAGCUCAGUGUAAAUGGGGAGAGAACCUGCAAACUACAUAGAAAAGAGGAAAACCUAGUGGUGGGAAGGGAGGAGCAUUUAGGGAGAUUGGGAAAGGUUUCUUGUAGAAGGUGGGAUUUUAGGAGGGACCUGAAAGAAAUCAUGAGGCAGAGGGGGGAAAAAAAAUUCCAGGCAUAGGCAUAUGUGAAAAUGCCUGAGUCACAAGAGGGAAGUGGAACAGCAGGGAAUCCACAAACAUACAAAGAACAAAAAAGUUAUAUCAUACAUGAUCACAAAUGACUACCUUUCAGAAAUGAAGUUCAUUCUUAGAUAUUCACAGCUGGAAAGGGCUUCUUGAGGUUUAUUCCAACCCCUCAUUUUACAGAGGAAGAAACUGAGUCUCAGAGAGGCAAGAAGUGACUUGCAUGGGGCCAUACACCGCAAGGGAGUGGCAGAUUCUGACCUAGACUACUGGUCUCUUGCUUCCCAGCUGAGAGUCCUGACCUCCAAGUCCCCUCACAAAUCCUGGAAUGGAGUCACCCAGGCAUGAGGUGGGGUGGUCAUACUGGGGCCUGCCUGGGGACAUAAAGAUUCCUUAGUUUUAGGGAACAAACUGAUGUCUGAUAGGAUCAAGGUGUAGCCUUUCUGUCCAUCUUAAAUCUAGAGGAAGAUCAAAGGAAAAUAGUCAUCUCAGGACCCUAGAGGAGUCAUUGGGUGUUUUUAGGCUCAGAGUCACCAGGAUGUUAAGGGAGCAAGGGAGCUUUCCCUGAUAAUAGUUUGCCUGGGUUUCUGGGGGUACAGUGUCAGGAUGAUAUAUGGUAGUGUCAACAUGGAAUCCCGGACUUGUGGCCUAGUGGGAUCUGAUGAACCCCAAGUUUCAGGACCAACUUAUAGGUUGGAGACCCCAAAGCUUGUCCUUGUUCCCUUUUCCGGUGGGAAUCUACCCUGAAGGGAAUCCCAGGCUAGCAGUUUCAGACUGAGUGGGAGACCCUCCAGGGAAUGACAAUCCUAGUUGGGUGGGACUAAGCAUAUGCUUAGCACCCUCUUUGUCUUGGGCAGUCUCCCCUAUAGUAUUAGAGACCUUUUCCCAGGAAGAUCCACACCUGAGCAGGAACCAUCCUUUAGAAUCCAUUUUAAGCAGCCCCUUCUCUUAUACCCCAGCCUCUAGCCAUGAUUCCUUUCCCAAGCUUGUGUCCUGUCUAUGUAGUUUGAACACUCCCAUUUUCCUAGUAGCUAUAGCCACGCCAAUCAUCUUUCCUUGUCCCAGGCUUCCCCAAAUGGUAUAUAGGUUCCCCAAACUCUUUUGUUCCCCAGAGUUUUCAUCUAGUGUGGUAGCACUCCCAGGGGUCAGUUCAAUCCUCCAAUCCUCAGACUCUGUGCCACACACUAGGCCUACUAGUGCUGAACCCCUUUUUGCCCUUGAUUAAAGAGUGAUUUUGACUACUUAAUAGUUCCGUUUUUUCCCAGUCGACAGUAGAGAAGGAGAAAUGUGGCUUGGAGUCAGGAGCCCUCCGAAGGGCUGAAAUUCUAGCUGCUGACUAGUACAACUUACUUUCCCUCUUCACUCCUGCUUCCCAGUGCACAUUUUGCUUUUCAAAGGGCCACAUUAAGUUUAUCAAAGGAAUAACAGAAUUUGGCCCUGCUGGUGUCCUUGGUUGAACUUUGUUGCUUUUGAUUCUUUUUUUUCCUCACAUCUCUAUCAUUAACCAACCCCAGCUUACCCUUGAAACCCCAGUAACAAAUUAAGUUAGGCAAGUAAACCACAUCAACACAUUAUUCUUCUCUGAACAGAUACCUCAUUCUGCCCUCUAGUCCAUCUCCACUCUCCCAAGGCAGGAGGUAAAUUUGCUUCACCGGCAGUCUUCAGAAGUUCUGGAAUCUGUGGUCGUCCUCUCAGCUGACUUUAAGGAGCCUUUUCCAGUGGAUUGAGAGCCAGGUCCAGAGACAGGGGGGCCUGGGCUCAAAUCUGUGGGACCCUGGGCAAGUCACUUAACCCCCAUGGCCUAGCCCUUACCACUCCUCCUCCUGGGAACCAAUGCACAGCAUUGUUUCUAAGAGGAAGGUAAGGGUUUGAAAAAAAGGGGGGGGGGGGAGAAAAGGAGAAGAAACAUUUACUUUGGAAGUGGUUUCUUCCUAUCUGUUGUACAGUAGGAAAAAACACAGACUAAAUAGUCAAAAAACACUCCUUAAUCAAGGGAAAGGGGUUCAAUGCCAUAGGUGCCACAGGACUGCACAGAAUCCGAGGAUUGAGCUCUGGCCACUGACCCCUGGGAAAGCCAAAUGCUCUUGAUUGGAUAAUUCCGAGGAGCCACUAAAGUUGGGGAGCUUAAAUACCUUUCCUAGUGAAACCUGGGGGCUGAGGAUGAGGGGGACAGUUGAUUGGCUUUACAGUGGUAAUGAGGGAAAACCCUCCAGUCAGAAUAACAGUGAUGGGCUGAUGCUUUACAAUGGACACAAAAGGGAAAGAUCUAGCCUAAGGCUGAGCCAUCUUGGUAAAGGACUUUGGCCUAAGGGGAGAAACCCCUGGAACAUAAGAGAUACUUAACAUCUUAAAGUCUAUAGUUAGUUAGAGAUCAGUGAAGGAGGAAUUUCCCUCAGGGAGGAACUCUCACGUGGCAAGGUCAAACCUGGGAUUUCUACCUCCGAGCUAAAUAAACUGGGGAUCCCUAAAUCUUUCUAGGCCACAAGUUUGGGGACUUCUAGAUUCCAUUGUCAACAUGGAAAUCUAGAAGUCCCCAGUUUACUGUCUCCAGACAAUGGACAUCCACUUCAGCUUUGGCACAGUAGGUAGCGCAUCAGUCUCAAAAGCUGAAGGUCCCCAGUUCGAUCCUCGGUAAGGAGAGUGUGAUAUACUGGGAGAGACUUCUGGAGACAAAAAGAGCUACUUGACUUCGGAUGGGAUUUACCUCUAUUGUCUGAUGAAGUGGGACCUUCUCCUGGGGUUUAUGCCCUCAAACUAAGUAAACUGGGGAUUUCUAUAUUUCCAUGUUGCCACUGCCCUCCUCCCCCAUCCUUUCUGUUCCCUUAUUGACUUCUGAGCUUACUACACUUGCCCUCUUCACCAUACUUCCCUGUGUAAUAUCUCUAUAAUAGCUUUCUAUCAUCCUUGCAACCCUACCAGCCUUUUCUGGCAGAUCCUGUGAUUCCAUGGGUGUAGGGAGCUCCCUCCCACCAGGCAGCAGCCCAUUCUCUAUGACCUUAUGGUCUUACAGGAUAUUCUGGGCCACUGAGCGGUGACCUGGUGUCUCACACCCAGUACGAAUCUGAGGAAAGCUUUCCACCGCGCUAGAGGUCUCAGGCUCCCUCUGAGGCUAGCACCAGCCCGCUGCUCCUUCCAGGCUCUGGGGCAACCUCUGGGGCUGUGACCAGAGGCAGAAAGCCACCGGAAACUGGUGGCUUCUUUUGGCAGCGCUGGGUUCAUCGAUUUGAUCAUCUGGAGAUCAACCAGAAGCCGUCAGGGCGCAGAGCCCGCCCAGGUGGGAGUGAGAGAGAAGGGCUGCCCCUUCGCCCCCUCAGAUGAAGCUGCUUUCCCCUCGUUUUCUCGUUCCCUAAUCCCACAGCUGUAGCAACAGGGUUGCCAGUCGAGCUUCCCCGCCUGGUUUUCAUCUAUCCCCUAUCCCAGGGGAGUGGGGGGGGGGGGUGGCACAGGAAGGGAAAAUGUGUGUGGGUGUGGGGGGGGAUGUUUGGAGGUUUCAGAACACCUGCUGCAGUUUUCUGGCCGAAGCAAAUUGGAGCCUGAGGCUGGGCGGGGGCCUUUGCCUAGGUCCCUCCGGGUCCUUCUCUUACACCCGUAGGUCUACACUUAGUACCUAACUUUGCACCUCUCUAAAGCAUGUAUCUUGCGUUCCUGUGCGUUGUGGCUAUUUCCGUUCAGUAUCCCUGCCACAGACCUUUUCAUAUCUACGUUUCAUCUUAUUUCCUCUGCUUUGUACACUGCAGGCACUUAAUAAAUGUUGUAUGAAUGAAA